AGACCAGAUAUAGUGAAUGCGGGGUCCGGGGAGACCAGAUAUAGUGAAUGCGGGGUCCGGGGAGACAGAUAUAGGGAAUGCGGGGUCCGGGAUAUAGUGAAUGCGGGGUCCGGGGAGAACAGAUAUAGGGAAUGCGGGGUCCGGGGGUCCGAGACAGAUAUAGUGAAUGCAGGGUCCGGGAAGACCAGAUAUAGUGAAUGCGGGGUCCGGGGAGACCGGGGUCCGGGAGAACAGAUAUAGUGAAUGCGGGGUCCGGGUCCGGGGAGACCAGAUAUAGUGAAUGCAGGGUCCUGGGUUUAGAAACAUGUUAAAACAGUUCUCAGGUUUAUUAGAUAGCGUGUAAGCAGGUGCAGUUAG